UUUGUGGUUCUGUUUUUUGUUUCUUGGUCGAUUUUAUAUAAAAUAAAGUUAAAUAAAAUGCUAAAAAACGUUUGUUGUGCUAUAUGUCUAUCUAUAAAUAAAAGUACGAUCAACAUUUAUAAUACAGAUCUGUUGUAUGUUUAUGAGACCCUCGCUAAUUUCAAGGUUGCAGACGUUGAAUGCUGGUUAUGCUACAUCUGUCAUACGAGACUGCAACAAUGUCACCAGCUGCAGCAGUUGGCUGUACAAACUCGAGGUCUCAUUGAUGACAUAUUCCAGAAUAAGAUAGAUAUUAAGUUUGGAGCUUUUGGAUCUUUGUUGGAGUUGUCGACCACAAACACGAUGAUAACGGACACAACAUAUUACGAGACACCAGCACCAGACGUGCAGAUUCAAUUUUGUGAUGAGAGAGGUGCCAUCUCGGAUCCCAACAAUGUUACAGUAGGAAGCCUUCCCACAAUAUCACAGGAUCCUCUUCUAGACAACACAGCGGUACCAGAUACCAGUCACGGUGUACAAUCAAAGAUACUAUUGGAAGUUAAAGUUGAGAAUAACCAGUAUGAUGAUGAAUAUCCUCUCCCGACGUCGUCACACUUCAUAGGCAGCCAGGAGAAUAUAGUGCAGGGCACAGUGAGCGCAGAAACUAUACAACAUAUAAGAAGGGAGAUUGUCAUUAAAAGUCGUGAACAAGUCAACAAGGGGCGAGGUCACGUCAGAAAAAAAAGGGAGAAACUGCACAGAUGUGACGAAUGUUAUAGGAUCUUUAGAUUCAAGAGUCAAUUAUUCGAUCACCUCAGGACACAUAGAGGGGAUAAACCGUUUUCCUGCGACCUUUGUACCAAAGCUUUCAAACGUAUCAGCGAUCUGCAGAGACACUCAAGAGUGCAUACCGGAGAGAGGCCCUUUAGUUGUGAAGUAUGCUUCAAAUGCUUCAAGUUCAAAACCGAUUUGUACCGCCAUAUCAAGAUACACAGCGUAGAGAAACCUUUGAGAUGUGAGGUUUGUCCGAGAAAGUUAAAAAAUAAAGAAUGCCUAAACAGACAUAUGAAAUUGCAUCUCGGCACACAAAAAUACAGCUGCCACGUUUGUUCGAAGAGAUUUUUGUACGAAAGCGACGUGCAUCGUCACAUGAAGACUCACAGCCAGGAGAGGGCGUUCAGUUGCGAUAUGUGUUCCAGACUGUUCACAGAAAAACACAAUCUAGAUAGACAUAUGAGAAUUCACCUAGGCGACCAACCUUACGGCUGCCAGAUAUGCGGGAAGAAAUUUCUAUACGAAAGCGCCCUGCAACGGCAUUUGAGGACUCACAAGCAAGAAAAAGAAUACAGCUGUGACAUUUGCUCGAGAAUGUUUACGGAGAAACAGAAUUUGGAGAGACACAUGAGGCUGCAUACGGGCGACCAACCGUAUAGCUGCCAUGUAUGUAACAAGAAAUUCUUAUACGACAGUGGUCUACAACGUCACAUUAACACACACAAGCAAGAGAAACCCUUCAGUUGUGACGUUUGUUCGAGAUUGUUCGCAGAUAAACAAACUCUAGAGCGGCACAUGAGGUUGCAUAUGGGUGACCAGCCGUACAGUUGUACUUUUUGCACGAAGAAAUUCUUGUUUGAAAGUCAUUUGGAUCGUCACAUCAAAACUCACAACCAGGAAAAGCCAUUUAGCUGUGAUAUUUGUUCGAAAAUGUUCACCGAAAAACAUAAUUUAGUUAGGCACUUGAGAAAACAUGAAGACUAGCCGUGAUGUAUAAAGGAAA